UAAAAACAAUAUAUUCUACAUUUCUAGUCACCACAAAAAUUGUUCCAUCGUAUGAUAUUUUCACACUUGAUCACGACCCAAAUCCAUAUCCAUUAUCCAAACCUAAAUCCCAUUUCAUAUCUCUCUGUGAAUCGGGCUCAAUUUCAUCCGUGUGAUGAACAAAAACAGUCACCAAAUAGAAUACUAAUACUAGCUUCUUCUUCUUCUUCAUCAUCAUCAUCUUAUUCCACACAAAUUCAACCACAUGGAAUCAGCUUUCGGUUUCCGCCUGAUUCCAACUACCCCCUCUUCGUUUCUUCCCCACCAGCUACCUCUCAACCUCAAAUUACCGAGCUUACAACGUUCAAGAUUUGAUGAACAAGAACGUAAUCGGAAGAACGUGAUCAAAAGUUGUUGUGGGUCCGAUGAAAUUGGGCCUCUUGAUGGGUUUCAGCUCACACCCACCAAGAUUUUUAUGGAAGAGGCAAUUGGAGCUGAAUAUGGAGAGGGUUUUGAGACAUUUAGACCAGAUGGGCCCUUAAAAGUUGAUGUGGAUUUUUUAAAUGAUAGGUUACAAGAGGGGUUUCUAAAACGAAUUCGAUAUGCUAUGAAGCCCGAUGAAGCUUAUGGACUUAUUUUCUCAUGGGACAAUGUGGUGGCGGGUACUCAAGCUUUGAAGUUAAGUGCUUGGAAAGAACUUGCAGAAGAAGAAGGAAAGGAGAUCCCUGAUGACGAUGAUGUACAAAGGCUUUUGCUUCAUGGUGCUCCUGAUCAUGUUUUGCAAAAGGUGUUACUGUGGGAGAAUGAAGCAUCUGAAUUGGAAAGACUAAAGUCGAAGCUUUCACAGUUAUAUAGCAACAAUCUUCUCAAGCUUGCAGAACCAAUGGACGGCUUAAAAGAAUGGUUGGACGCAGUAUCUACGGCCCGGAUUCCUUGUGCUGUUGUUUCAAGUCUUGAUAGAAGAAUUAUGGUUGAAAUAUUGGAAAAUCUGGGACUUAUGAAGUAUUUUCAGGCAAUAGUAACCGAGGAAGAUGGCAUGGAUUCUAUGGCCCAUAGAUUACUUUCUGCAGCAGUAAAGCUUGAUCGAAAGCCGUCCAAAUGUGUGGUGUUUGAAGAUGAUCCUCGUGGUAUAACCGCAGCCCACAACUGCACUAUGAUGGCGAUUGCACUUAUCGGUGCACAUCCAGCGUAUGAUCUAGUGCAGGCUGAUCUUGCUGUCGGUGGUUUCAAUGAAUUGUCGGUUAUCAAUCUGCGAAGACUUUUCGCACACCGGGGUUCGACUUUCAUGGAGCUACAAAAGCAAGUUGUAGAGAAAACACCUCCAAGAAGGAGACUUACAAUUGACACCAUCUUUUGAUUCUACUUAGAUUCUUGUAAAUCUUUGUAAAGUUUUAUAAAGUUAAAAUCUUUUUACCAUUUUUUAUGGUUGAUGUCAGUUCUUGUAUAUAUUACAACUUGCAUGGAUGUAACUACAAAGCAGUGAUUCUUAAAACCAUAGCAAUACAACCACUAGGGGUGACUUGUAGCGACUC